CCCCACCUCGCUCUCUCGCUCUCCCACGAAUCAUUUGGCACUCCAGGUUCCACCACCACGACCUGGACGCUGCUUACUUGGAAACGAUGAAUUGUUAUUGCAUGUACCGUCAGCGCUGCCUCUCUUUGACUCCUAUCCGCGCCCCUCGUCAGACCCACUCCCUCGCCCCCUCCAAGGCGAGCCGCUAAUCAACACUUGUGGACAACAGAGCAGCGAGCCAUGCGUCCGGUCCGUGCCCUCGCGCUCUCGCUCGCCCUGCUCGCCAGCAGCAGCUGUAGCAGCAGCGUGCUGGCAGAUGAACUCGACGUGUUGAACCUCGGCAACAGCGGCACCUUCCCCGCCUCCUCUGUGCAUAGCGCCCUCAGAACCGAUGCAGGUGCAUCUUCCCUGCGCAGCCGACACGCCAAGCUCGCGGGGCUGGGGAGGGCCGAGACGCUCGCUCCUCCCGCCGGGGACGGUAUACACGAGCAGCAGCGGCUGCAACCGCGGCAACAGACAAAUGCCGCUGUUAUGCAAGCCCCGACAGCAGACCAGCAGCAGGCGAUAGUGAACAAGUCCGCGACGGAUCCCUUGGGGGCCGCUUACAUGGCACUGAAUCUGCCCGGUCUGAAUCAGACCGACAACAACUUCUACAAGCAGGGCACACUCAUUCCGACCGACGUGGAAGGAGGACAACAACUGCCGAUCAACCUUCCCACUCCGUACAUCCCCAAUGCGAAUGCAACCCAUGAUGAUGCUGGUGGUUGGACGGCCCUGCCGACCAAUCUUCCCAAUUUCACGCUGAACAGGACUAUGGUCAUUAAGGAGAACGCGAUCAUGCCGUUCUAUGUCAACUCCGACUACGAUCCGGCAAACAUUCAGAAGACGAUCAUCGUCUGGCCAGGCAAGCCGCGCGAUUCAUGGGCCUACACCAACUAUGUUCAAAACGCACUCAACAUUAUCGUAAAACGUGGGACCAAUCCGGACAUCAAUUUGAAGUCGGUGCUGAUCAUCGGCCCGGCGUGGAUGAACGAGGUCGACCAAAAAGCGGGUGCAUCGCAAGCGAACGAGCUCGUGUUCCACGGCUCGCAGUGGAACCACGGCGGGAAUUCGCGCUCGCCGAAUCUGGCGCACAGCAUCACGUCGUACGAGGUCGUGGACAAGUUUCUCGACAUGGUGUUUGACACCGCGAAGUUCCCCAACAUGAAGGGCGCCGUCGUCCUUGGGCACUCGAUGGGUGGGCAGGCAACGCAGCGCUACGCACUGCUCAAGAAGACCAAGGUGUACGACAACAAUGUCAAAUUCUGGAUCGGCAACCCUGGUUCGUAUGCCUGGAUCUCCUCGAGCCGGCCGUUCACGAACGCGACUUGCACGGGUACGACCGGUGACCAGUGGCACUACGGCCUCAACGGCAACCAGAACACCAUCAGCAAGUACGCACGCAACGACGUCAUUGCCAACACGUCGUAUGUUGUCGAGCGUUACCGCAGCCGCAAGGUGCAUUACGCCUUUGCCCUCCUUGACAACGGCCCCGGCGACACGCACUGCCAGGCCAGCCUGCAGGGCAACUCACAUCUCCAGCGCGGCGCGGAGUUCGUGAUAAGUCUCAGCAACAUGCCCGGCGGCUUUCCCCAGUCGCACACGGUCGACUUUGUCGCGAGUACCUCGCAUCAGGACUACCCGAUGAUCAGCACGGACGUCUCAUUGAAGCGCAUCUUCCUUGACGACUGGGGGAUCCCUAAGUUCCCCGACGUGGCGAACACGACCAACCCAGGGGACAAGCCGGCCACCAAGCAGCCUGAGGCGCACGCGUUCGCCACGCCGCCGCACGUCAUCAUGGCCACGUCGCUGCUCUGGGGCAGCGUUGUUCUCUGCCUCUUUACCUUCUUCUGCCUCCCCUUGUUCUUCCCCUCUAAGAGCUUCACGCCGCACGAGGACACGUACUUGGGUGAUGUCAAGAAGUGGUGAUGUACCCGCGGCUAGCGCUACGGCUGGCGGCUGGCGGCUGGCGGCAGGCUCAGCCUGCGUCCUUGCGUCGUCUCUGCGUACCCUGGAGGCUGCGAGAUGAUGAUGGGGUGACGCUGUUCUUUUUCAUUUGCAUCUGUACUAUACUCGGCGUCUAUACCUCUUCAUGCGCAGGGAUAUAUCACCUGUUUAUACA